CGGGGUUUCGUGAAAAUUGAAAAAAAAAAAAAAUCAAGGAAGUUUCUUUAAUUUUCCGUUUUGACUACCAGCAGUGAUGGAGACUGAAGCAGAGCGGAGACGAAGAGAAGAAUACCUGGAAGAAGUUGAUAAGUUCAGAAGCAAUGCCAUCAAAAUUAUCGAGCAGAUGCUGGAUUGGGCGAACCAGCCAAAAGGAAGUAGAUAUUUAGUCGAUGAGAUACUACACAGCAUCUUCUUUUUGGGCAGAAUCACCAUUCCCCAAAUUCCCCCAGACGCCAUUGUGACUGAUAAGGACGUCUAUGAAUUACUGGUAGACAAGUAUCCUCAACCUUUUAAGUGUUAUUCCUCCAUGGUGGCCCAGAGGAGUCCUUUUUCAUGCGUGCUGGACAUGGUUGUCAAGCUGAAGGAACAACAAAACGAAGAUGCCAUAAAAACUACUCUGAAAGAGUUUGCUGGCACGCUGAAUCCUACAUACCUGGUCUCCACCACCAUCUGCAUCUGUCAGCACCGCAACACAGGCAAAGCCAGGCAGUAUGGGGUCUCCAUGUCCACCAGUACUCGAAAACAAAGACAAAUUGUGAUAGGUUCUUCCUGCUGCAGCACCUGGGAGGAAUACGUGGCUAGCGCAGUGAUGACUUACUAUCCAGGAAUGCAGAAGAACCCCAGAUUUGAUGGUACCUUCAAAAUUCCAAAGUAUGUGAGAUGCGAAGCAUUUAAUAUCCGUAAGGGGGACGUAAUCCCUCCAUGCCAAUCCUGUUCAAAUAUGUUUGGUUUGCCCAUAAGUAGUGAUGCCAAGUGGCCCUAUGGCAACUGUGCUGAGCCCGAGAGUCUGAGCAACUUGCUCAAAAAUGAUCCUGAAAUUAAAAAUGCAGCAGCACCAACCUCCCCAACCUACACACCAGAGAACAGGGAGAAGGCUAAAGUUGCUGUUAUGAACCGCGUUCGCGCUGACCUAAAAGAAGAACCCAUUUAUUUUAAGUGGAAUGGUCAAUUCUACGAGCCACAAAGAGAGUGGUAGGAAAAAAGGCAGUUGCAUUAAAAUCUGUUAUUGAUUCAACCAAAGCGAUUUCAUAUGUUGAUCUGUGACAACUGUGAUUUUCUGUUCUUUAAUUUCCUGAAACCAAACCUGCAAUUUUAACGUUUUCUCUUUUAACACUAUGUGCUCUGCUUGCAUUUUGUGCAUUUCUAAAUGUUGCACCAUUCUGACACAACAGUUGCAUAAUUUUUAAAGAAAUUAAAAAGCUGUACUGACUCUGUUCUUGGCAAUAAAAUCAAUGUGCUGUAACUAUA